AUGUACUGGAGAGUGUGUGUGCCGCUGACUGUCCUGGUGUUGACACUUGCAGUGCAGAGGGGGCAGGCCUGUCCCAGGAGCUGCAACUGUUACCAGGCCAACGAAGUCCACUGUACAUUUCGCUCCCUGCUCACCGUACCUUCUGGUUUGCCUCUGCACACACGCCGCAUCAAUUUAGGGUUCAACAGCAUCAGCAGGAUCCAUUACAGUUCUCUGGCUGGGCUAAAGAAGGUGGAGCUUCUGAUGCUCCACAGCAAUGACCUCCACCAUCUCCCAGAUGCAGCGUUCAGAGAUAUGAAAUCAUUACAGAUCCUAAAGCUGAGUUAUAACAAGCUGAGAGAAAUCUCUUCAUCUCUGACCUUCUCUGGCCUGACCUCACUGCUCCGUCUGUACUUGGAUCACAACCUCCUCCAGCACAUCCACCCCCGGGCUCUGCUCCAGCUGACUAGCCUCAGGCUGCUGCGUCUGCAAGGGAACAGGCUGCAUCAGCUGCACCCUCACACUCUGUGCACACUGUCCCUCCUGAAUACAUAUUACUUCUCUACCCUCAGACACCUAGACCUGUCCAACAACAGCCUAACCACUCUGCCCAGAGAGACCUUAGCGACAGCACCUCUGUUGGAGACUCUUGAGCUGCAGGCUAAUCCGUGGAGUUGUGACUGUAGGAUGACCUGGUUUCUCACUUGGAGUCUGGCUCAUCCAGGCUUAAUGAAAUGUUCCAGCGGCCCUCAGUGUCCAAUCUGUGCCUCGCCCAAUUCCCUUCAAGGUCAGGGCUUGCUUGACCAGACAGCCCUAUCAUGCACCUCACCUGUUAUCCCAUGCCCUGGAAGAAACACACCUUUGGAGACCGAACUCAGUGAAAUCCAAACAAGUGAAGCCUUCCGAGAGCCUUUAGGCACUGCCUUCCUGAGUCUGUCUGAUCAACAGGGGAACAGUGUUGAUCUGGGAUGCAACAUCACUCACUCUUCUGAGUUCCAGGAUAUUGCUCCCCCUCCAGAUCUCUCUCUUUCCUCCUCUUCUCCUCUCCCCCUUGCUCUGUCACUCUCUCUGGAGUGCCCUGUGGAGAGACAGAGCUAUGCAAAUCUUUGGAGGAUCCUUGCUUACUACAGUGAGACUGCGGUUCGCCUGGAGAGGGAGAUCAUGCUGAGUAAAGCCCCGGCAUUGGCCUACCGCUACACGCAGGCAGCAGAGACAGAUGGACAUUAUCACACUGGAGUUGAAGCUUCUGUUAAAGUCAGACCUCAGUGGCUGCUACAGCCAGCCGUUAGCAUUCAGCUAAACAGAGCACAGUCUAACGGACACAAAAUCCAACUUAUAUACUCAACAAGAGUCGCCGCUCAUCCGGACCCUGCUUCUGUUCCCUCAACAUCCGCCUCUCCCUCUCACCCAUGGGUGCUUAUUUCAACUAACCAUACCACCACGGCCCUGGCUGCAGUAGCAGGCAGUAAGGUGGAGCUAUCAUGCUCUCUUUUAAGUUCUGGUAACCCCAAAGUACAGUGGGUUCUCCCAGAUGGAUCCAUGCUGAUCUCCCCCUCCAGCAGUCUAGAUGGUAGGCUCCAGGCUUCAACCUCUGGAUUACUUCUACACAAAGUACAGCUCUCAGAUUCAGGGAUUUACCACUGCAUAGCCAGGGCAGGCAAGGAUGUACAUGUUCUCCACCUGCGCCUGGCAGUGGAGGAGUCCUCUGUACCGCCUUCAGGUGAGCAAGUGGGACCUCCUGUCACCGGAAAGAUUGGGGAGCCCAUCAGUUUGUCCUGCAAUGCAUCUAGUUCACCAGCACCUCAUAUGAGUUGGGUGUUACCAGAUGGAAACAUAGUAAGGCAGGGAUUUUCUGUAUCAGGUGGGCUCACUGUACAAUCAAAUGGAAGUCUGUCUCUGCCUGACCUGACUCAGAGGAAUGCUGGUUAUUACCGCUGCAUUGCUGUCAACCAGUAUGGAAGUGAGUCUCUGUCCAUGCAGCUGGAGUUAAACUCACGACACCUCCUUCCACUUAGGAUUUCAUUUCCCUCAGGGCCUCAGUCAGCCGCUGGCAGGUCAACCAAGAUACGCGCUCCAUUACUAGUGGAGGAAGGAUCGGGGGAUGAAAAGGAAGAAGAAGAGAAAAGUAUUUUUGGCAGUAGGAAGCACCUAAGACCUCUCCAACCACCCUCAAACAGACGUUAUCCCAUCGGAAAACCCAGAAGACCUGGACCGAGGAGGGAAGGCCCCCUGAGAAAAGGAGGAGGGCCUUUAUCAUCCAAUGACCAGAGAAGAAACCGCUUCGAGAACAGACAUAGAGUUACCACAAACAAACAAAGGAUAGACCCUCGGAAGUGGGCUGACCUCCUUGCUAAGAUACGACAAAAGACUGUUCACACUAAUAACAGCCAGCCCAUCGAAGCAGAAAAGCCCACAACUGAACCACAGGGAGAAGGCAAAGAUGUAGACACAGGAGGACAUGAGGGACAUCAUAAUACAGAAAGAGGUAGAGCUGAGGCAGCAGAUGUGGAAGCAGAAACGGAAGGGUCAUCUGUUGAUGACACUGAUCUACAGCAGGAAGGCUUACAGCACAAUCAUCCCGUUCAAACAGAAAUACAAACACACACAGAGACAACCACAGACACCGAAAUAGAGACAGAGAUAAAUAAAGGGGCAGAGGGGUCAACAGAAACACAGACAGAUAGUGAGAACGAGACAGAGGGAGAGACAGAGAAAGUAUCUCCACAGACAGAGACGGUGACAAACCCAGAGACACAGAAAGAACCGGUCACAUUAAAGCCGAUCUCAGGAAGAAAUGAAAUCGUCUCAGAACCAGGUGAAGGAGGUCAGCCAGAAGAAAUCACUAAACCAUCUAAGACCAGGCCUCAAAGCCCCGCACAGGGACUCUUCCCUAAUUUGGUACCAAACUCUCGGCCUCAAAGGCCUUGGAAUUCUCGCAGGAGAAUCGGACAGCAAAGACGAAUCAUCAACAGGCCCAGGGGGCGCCCUUUGACCCCACCCCAACCUCCCCCUGAUGCUACGAACCCAAAGUCACAAGCUGCAACACCUGACACUACCACAGAUCAAAUUAAUAUGUUGUUGCUGGCGUCCACAACCACAACUCCAAAUGACGUGGCACUGCAUCUUCUGUCUUCCCCUGUUUCUAACACUCAUCGUAUCUCCACUUCAAAAUCUGCCUCCCCCUCAUUGACUCCAUCUUCUUCUGCUCGAACCUCAUUAUCCCCCACUCACACAAAGAUACAUAUAGUGACUCACUCAGCCAACAUCCCAGACACUGCAGGGUCCACUCUCUUCAACACACCGACAACAGAACCCACUCACUCGGAUACUGCAAUCGCACAGACACAUGAGCCACACACACACACCAGGACAUAUACACAUGGCAUACAGAGACACACAGGAACACACACAGCCUUAGGCAAACAUGUUGAGAGACCCCCAAGCAAACACAGUGAAGAGCUGUGGAUGAAUUUGUCGGGUGUACCAUAUGAAUCCCACUCCUCCAUCUCUCUCCUACCCACUUCUUCCUCCAUUAUUUCCUCUACAGUCCCCAGCGCAACAGCUUCUGCUACAAUCCCAACAACCCCUUCUAUUACUAUCAAGAGCACUUAUUCUACUAGUUCUGAUGGAAGCACUACAAGCACAUUUACUACUACGCCUAGUGACCACACCUUUCCCACAACAACCACGAGUACUCCUAAGACUACAAGUCCCAUCGUGCCUCCUACAACUGCCAUUAUUAUCCCAACACCUAGCAUGACCAAAAGUACUACAGCUACUCCUACCUCUACCUCUACUACUACAACUACUACCACAACAUAUACUACUCCCACUUCCACGACUACUUCCUCAAUUAGAUCUUCUGCUACUUCUUUUACUACUACAACUACCUCUACAAGUACUACAAUCUCAUUCAAAGCUAUUCCCACUAUUCGUAACCCCACUUCCACUACUACUAUGACUACUACUACUAGUAAAACUACUUCUCCUAGUACUAGAUUUGCCAUCUCAGCCCAAACUUCUCCAACCACUGCAAAGGCAGCUAUACCGAGUACAUCACCUACUACUACGACAACAACAAUAAUGACAUCAAAAAGUAACACAUCAUCAUCCAGAGAGAGGCCGAGCGUUGUCCAUGUUCAUCCCAAAAGAAGGCCCGUUUCUGGGGUUCGAUCUUCUGAGGGGAAGAACCCUGCUGCCAAUUCUAUUCCUGAUUCACACAGCAGCAGACCACACUGGUUCCCCUCGCCGUUGCUCCCUGCCGCCCCUGUGGCCCCAGUAGUAAGAUCCAGACCGUGGAUUGCAGACCCACACAUCAGGACAGCGUCGUUCCCAGCAGAGAGCACUGCCAGGCUGGCUUGUGAAGCUCAAGGAGAGCCAAAGCCCUCCAUCACAUGGACUAAGGUCGCCACAGGAGCGGUGAUGUCAAUCCACUCCAGGGCUCAACGUUUUGAGGUCUUGCCAAAUGGUACCCUUGUUAUCCAAAAUGUUCAGCUGCAGGACAGGGGCACGUAUAUCUGCAGUGCCCAAAGCUUUAUUGGUCGCGACAGAUUGCUAACGACCCUUGAAGUAUGGACCCGGCCCCCACGGAUGCAGCUGGCCAGCUACAGAGAAGCUACCAUUCAUCAGGGUGGAGAGGUGCACUUGGAGUGCCAGGCGGAUGGUGUUCCCAGCCCACUUCUCUCUUGGGUUCUUCCAGAUCGUUCUGUCUUGACCUCCACUGCUCUCUCCAACAGUCGCAUCACUAUGGACAAAAAUGGAACCCUUCACAUCCCAGUAACUUUACCGAGUGACAGCGGAGUGUAUCGCUGCGUGGCUUCGAACUCAGCAGGUGCUGCCAGUGCCUCUGCUCGUGUACACGUGUCCUCACUGCCCCCAGUGAUACAGCAACCCAGAGAGGAACACCUGCUCUUGUUUCUAGGAAGGCCUGUUUAUGCUCACUGCUCUGCCCGAGGUGCCCCGCCACCAACUCUGCGCUGGCGAAUCCCAGAUGGGACUCUAGUCCGCCCAUCCCAGUUUCUCCAUGGCAACCUUUUUGUCCUGUCCAAUGGGACACUGCAUAUUCGAGGAGUUGGGCCAAAGGACUCAGGGAAUUACGAGUGCACAGCAAGUAAUGCUGUUGGUGCCGAUAGGAGAAUAGUGAGGGUAGAAAUUGAAAGGGGAGCAGAAGGAGAAAGGAGACAAAACAACUCCCCUUUAACUUCACUUCAUAAAGACAGAACGUUGUCCAUCCCUAGCCAGCCAUUAAAUCCAUUCAACUCCGCUAGACUCUCCCCUCCAUUGCCCUUUGAAAGAGCCAGGACCAUGACGCUCAUCCCCAGUUCUUCUCGCUCAUCUUCUUACCCUCACCAACCCAAAUCUACUAACUCAUCUCCUAAAACAAAUAAAACAGUCACUGCUUCCCCCACAGACUUGAUCAACACCAAAAAAACAAAUCUCUCCUUUCUCUCCCCAACCUCCACGGUGUCUACGAAUAACACCAAAGUGUCUCCCAGCAUUGUAAACAACACAAGAAUUACUUCUUCUUCCUCCUCUUACAAAAGCAGAGCCUCAGCUGCUUUGCAUCCCUCACCCGUCUCCCCUUUCAGUAAGGCCCAUAUUGUCUCCACAUCACCCUACAUUACUACUGUCCAAUAUGGUUUUUAUUUGCAGCUCCACUGCUCUGUUACUGGCAACCCCUCACCCAUUAUCAUUUGGAGGACCCCCAACAGGAAACUGGUGGACAUGCAUUUCAGUUUUGACCGACGUCUGAAGGUGCACACUAAUGGCACCCUGUCAGUCCAGAGAGUAACAGAGAAGGAUGCUGGAGACUACCUCUGUAUCGCGCGGAACAAGGUCUCAGAUGAUUAUCGCCUCUUGCGUGUCUCUGUGGCUACCAAGCCUGCCAAGAUUGAGCCUAAGCAGCCACUCACUCACAUGGUGUCGUUGGGCAAGCCACUGAAGGUGGACUGCCCGGCAUCAGGACUGCCUGACCCAGCAGUCCGUUGGAGCCUACCGGAUGGAACCAUGGUGAACAGCGUGUUGCAGGGGGAAGACAGAGGCGGGCGAGCAGGGAGGUUAACUGUGUUUGAAAAUGGGACGUUACUGGUUCCAGCAGUUGGUGUGGGAGAAGAGGGAGACUACACAUGUUAUGCUGAGAAUCAAGUAGGUCAAGACACCAUGAAGGUCAAAGUAAAGGUCAUGACAACUCCACCAAACUUCACUGAAUUCAGAAGCCACCACGUCAUCAAAGUACGUCAGGGGGUAACCGCCACAAUACGCUGCCAGGCCACAGGAGUUCCUGCCCCAACAGUGACAUGGUUUUCCCCAACAGGCCGUGUCAUCCCACGACGUUUGGGAUCAGUUUUUUAUUCUGAGCGGGUUGUGGCCAUUUCAGAUGGAACUCUGGAGGUUCGUCUGGCUCAAAAGAUCGACACAGGAAACUAUACAUGUCGAGCAAGCAACCCAGCCGGGGAGAGGAGCAUGGUGGUGGGCUUGGAGGUGCAAGCUCCUAAUCAUGGACUGAGUGGCUGGGUUGGAGGAAGAGGUUUGAGUAAUAGCAAUGAGCCUGGCAGUAGUCCUUCUAGUAGAUCAGGGGAUAGCAUUAAUAAUGCAGGGUUAAACCAGUAUGGAUUUACCAAUGCAGACACGAGCAAGCUUGGCAGCAAUAACAGCAGCAAUAAAGGCCAUAGUGAUCAUAAUGGCAGAAUAAAAAACAUUUUUCCAAACACUGGCACUAGGAUAGCAACCAGCGCCUUUAAUCCGGCCACUUGGAGUGAUAGUCGAAUUGGAUUGAACAGGCAAGUCAGUGGAAUCCCAACACAACUUGGAAGCAGUAUUAUCAGUGUUGGGGUGACCGGGGCUAAGAAUUUAGACACUAAACCAGAUAACAUUGGACUAAAUCAAAACGGACCCGGCAUUAUGAGUAAUACUAAUAGGGUGGGUAACAGUCCCAGCAUAGUCAGAGGAGAUAGUGUAGAAAGGAAUCCUGGAACUUAUAAUAAUGAAGUAAUUGCAAGAAAGGCUGGUGAUGAUGCUAACACCAGUAGAAACAAUGGCAGGAUAAGUGGUACUUCUAGAAAUAUUGGAGUUUUUAGCAGCAGUGUGUCUAAUAAUGGAGCUGGUACUGGCACACUCAGAGGAAAUGCGUUAAGUAGGAGUAGCAGCACUAGUAGUACCAGUAUAGAUGCUAGUAAUACAGGCACUACAAAUUCUACGAACACUUUUGUCGGUGUGGUAACGACAGUGAAGCAGCGAGCGGUGAAAGGCCAAACUGUUCUUUUGCCAUGCCCCUCCCAAGGCUCCCCUCCCCCUCGUGUGGCCUGGCUUCUGCCUGGUAACGGCGUGUUGCCAGCUCCUUACUAUGGCAGCCGACUCAUUGUGCACCGAAACGGGUCCUUGGAGCUGCGAGGAGUGCGGGCGAGUGAUGAAGGGACCUUGGCAUGUGUGGUUAGAGGGGAGAGAGAACAGACGCGGAUACAGGUGGAGCUGGAGGUCAUUGAGCCACAGGACGAGGCCCGAUCUCCACACAGGGGAGUGGCUGUGGAAAAGCCUGUGCGGGAAAGUAGUUUCAUAGAGGCGCCUCGCUCAGGAGCCUCAUUGCAUUCAGCUCAAUCCUUUAGCUCAAGAAUCCCAGUUACUCAAGCGCCUCCACACAGAGCCCAGUCUCUACCUGCUGCACCUCGUCCAGUUGGCCCUCCACCCCACUCAACUAGCCCUGUCUCAGAGCCAGCAAUGAGCACCAGAACCGCUGCCUUGGUGAGCAUCAUUAAUGGAGAGACCCUUCGCCUGCCUUGCUCUGCUUCUCACACCCAUGGAUACAUCCAGGGCGCUCUCUCAUGGACCAUGCCCAGUGGCAAGGUCCUGUCUCUGGGUGAGAGUGGUGACUCUGACAGGCACUCAGUCCAAGAGGAUGGAUCCCUCACAGUGCAACAGGCCUCUGUGUUCGACCGGGGCACCUACUCCUGCAGAUCCACCAGCGUCGACUCCUCCUCAGUUUCAGUUGUCACGGUUCCCGUCAUUGUCAUCGCCUACCCCCCACGCAUCACAUCAGGCUCCUCCCCUGUGACCUACACACGCCCCGGGGUGGCUGUGGAGCUGCCGUGCCAGACGAUAGCAACACCACGGGCAACGAUCACUUGGGAAACACCAGAUCUGACACAGCUGAGGGUGAUGGCUCAGGCUCGUAUCUAUGGCAACCGCUAUCUUAGUCCGAAGGGUUCCUUGGUGAUACAAAACCCGACAAAUAGGGAUACAGGAUUUUACAGAUGCACCGCCAAAAAUGUAAUAGGUGUGGACACCCAGGCGACCUAUCUGCACGUUAUAUAA